GUGACUGAUCAAAAUGGAUGACAAACUUUUUAAAAACUUACGAAAUCUUCUUGUUUUUUUGGUUUCAAUCAGCUCUUUCCAGGCAGCUUCUAGUCAGAAUGUAUCAUCAUUGAAAUUCCUGGCACUCGGGGAUUGGGGUGGACUCCCUGACUUCCCAUAUAGGACACCAAUUGAACUGGGCGUGGCCAGUCAAAUGGGCAAAGUAGCAGGCAAUCUGAAGACACAGUUCCAAGUCGCACUGGGGGAUAAUUUUUACUUUGAUGGUGUAAAGGACAUUAGUGACAAAAGGUUUCAGGAGACCUUUGAAAACACAUUUACAGCUGGGUCACUACAGAAUUCCUGGUACUUUGUGGCAGGCAAUCAUGACCACAAUGGAAAUGUGUCAGCACAGAUUGCUUACACUCAGCAUUCCAAACGAUGGAUGUUUCCGAACCUCUAUUAUUCUUUCAACUACACCAUACCUGGUACUAAGAGUCUAGUCAGCUUCAUCAUGAUUGACACUGUCACACUCUGUGGGAACACAGACCAUGACUUCAGUGGGGAACCACCCAAAGGUCCUGAAGACGUAGCUGCAGCUGAGAAGCAAUGGGCUUGGAUUGAAAGUCAGCUAAUCAAUAGCUAUAAAGCUGACUAUGUGAUAGUAGGGGGCCACUUUCCAGUAUACUCAGUAGCAGAGCAUGGUCCCACAGAGCAGCUUUUACAGAGACUUCAGCCCAUGCUUCACAAGUACAAGGUGACAGCCUAUAUAAGUGGUCACGACCAUAACCUACAGCAUCUACAGUACACAAGUGCAGGCUCACUUGUUGAGUACUUUGUGAUAGGCUCAGCCAACUUUGUGGACCCCUCCCUGGCACAUAAGACUGCUGUACCCGAAAACAGCUUGAAAUUCCAUUGGGCGGAUAUUUUGUCACUCGGGGGAUUUGCCUACAUUGAAGCAACCCCAAGCAAUAUGACACUGACAUUCAUUGAGGCUAAUGCCAAAGGACUGUACCAGCAUACAAUGCUUCCUAGAAAACUUUAGAGUGUCUGUACUCUUGUAUGUGUACGACCACAGAUGAUGCCUAUCUACAUGGCAUCACUCAGAUAUUUUGAGCUUUACAACACACAGAUUAUAGCUUUAAAACACUCUGAUUCUGACAAAUAAGAUUGGCUUCUUAAUGA